UCAACUCGCGUUGAGCUUUGUAAGUGAGAAAUCUGACAUCUAGCAUAUUGAAGACACUCACAGUAUUCUUCAUAUAUAAAGCGACGGAACACUGGCUCUUUAGAGAAAAUGAGUUCGAACAUUCAUCGAUAAAGUCUCCAACUCAUCCCCGAAUUUCACGCAUAACCAAAAUGGCCCCCUCCCUUCCUUCUAUGAUGCGCGCUGUCGUGCAGACAGCCCCAGGCACAGCAUCCGUAGAGUCGGUACCUAUCCCCAAAGUAGAAUAUGGCUCUGCGCUUGUCAAGCUCGAGGCGUCGCUGGUACACUCCAACCUAUCUCCCAUAUUCAAAGCCGAUCUAGAUUAUUUCAAGCUUCCCUAUCCCGCCGUCCCAGGGUCCUUCGGCAUCGGCCGCGUGGCCGCCGUAGGACCGGAUGCUACAGCGCUACGAGAAGGCGACUUCGUCAUAGUCUCGGCCUUCAUCCAUUCCCGCGACGACCCUUCCGUUAACAUCAUCAGAGGUGUGCUCGCCGGUCCGACGCCCGCGUCGCAGCACCUUUACAAAACGUUCGCGCGCAACGGCUUCUUCGCCGAGUACGUGACCGCGCCACUGGAGACUAUCUUCCGCCUCGAUGAAGCGCGUCUGUUCGGAAGCCCGGAGGCGGGUGGUCUCGGAUACAUCCCAGGCGAGCUCGUCGUCUUCCCUGCUAACGUGAUCUGCUACGCGGCCAUGCGCGGCAUUUCGCUACAGCCAGGCGAGCGCGUCGUUAUCACACCAGCUACGGGACACUACAGCGCCGCUGCUGUGGACGUGGCUGCGGCCCUGGGGGCGCGCGUCAUCGCUGCGAGUCGCAAUGCCGCUGGUCUUGCUAAGCUGAAGGAGACGUACCCAGGUGUCGUAGACACGGUGCAGUUGACCGGCGACGUCAAGACAGAUGGUGCUGCGCUCUCGGCCUUUGGACCGGUCGAUGCUGUCGUCGAUGUCUCGCCUCCUGCAGCGACCGGCGCGCCGAACUUCGCGGCUGCGUUAUCAUCUUUGCGGGACGGGGGUCGCGUGACUCUUGUCGGCGGGCGAGGAGACGAGACGUUGCCAAUUCCUUACCUCAAGGCUAUGAUGAGCAGUUUGACGAUCAAGGGAUCAUAUAUGUAUGCGCGGGAGGAUGUUGAAGCAUGCAUCCGCCUGGCAGAAGCGGGGUUGCUGAAGUUCGGUAAGAGGGCUGGGCAUGUUGUUCAUGCGGUGUAUACUCUGGAUGAUUUCCAGGAGGCGAUGGAUAGGGCCGUUGAGACGGCUGGCCCGGGGUCGAUCAUCUACAUUAAGCCCUGAUGAUGAUGAUGCAAAGACCUACGCAGAUGUAACGCUGUAGGCUCUAUGGGUUACUAGAACUCGCCAGGGGUGUUGGAUAUGGGGGUUAGUCUCGACCAAGACGUCUUAAACACUCAAUGUUGAACAUGAAAAACGACGCCGUUAGACUGUGAACAGUCUAACGGUUAUUAUAGCCUCACCUACGUCUAGCACUCAAUACUCUGUGCUCUUAUAUCAAUCCCUAACAAAAUAUGUUAUCCAGGUCUUGAAUCCACAAAGUGACUAACGGCGGCGCGGGGUUCGCUACUGAUAAAGCUUUCGUUUGCCCCACAUCUUCGGACGCCUCGGCCCUCGGCCACCGCAUUGCCCGGUGCGCUCUCGGCGCCGCCAGCUCCACCCGAGAAGCCGUUGUGAAGGAGAACAGACCAACUCGCCCAGCUCCUGUUAUAGAUAUAAAGUUCGAGGCAAAAAUAAUGUUAACUCUAAGCUAAAGUACAGUACAAG